AUGAAUUCUCUUAAUAAUGAACAUUCCCUUUUCUUAACACUUCGUGACAUGGUCUUCCUAAAAUCCAAGUGGCAACUAGUUCAAUAUAGCCUCUUCGAACUCUUUCCUGAGUCGUUCAUCAAAAAUUUUAAAAGUUCGCGCUCCGGAGUUUGGCCUAUUAUGAAAGAGAUUUUUGACAAUAUUCGUAAACAGAGGUUGGAUAAUCUAAUGGAAAAACGUAAUGAUUUUAUUAAUCUUUUAUUGGAAUUAGGCAAAGAGGGCAAACUGUAUGGAGAAGAGUUGGGAAUGGGUGAAAAUGGUAGGAAAAGACAAAUUGAAAUCGAUUUUAACGAGAAUCGUAUGAUUGCCCAGCUCUUUAUAUAUUUUGUAGCCGGAUUUGAAACAGCUUCGACUACAAUGAGCUAUGCGAUGCACGAACUUGCAUUUCAUCCUGAAAUUCAACAAGAGGUUCAAAAGGAGAUCGAUACCGUCCUGGCUAAGCAUAAAAAUGAAUUUUCCUACGAAGCCAUAACAGAAAUGCAUUUGUUAGAGUCUGUUAUUAAGGAAUCCCUGAGGUUAUUCCCACCAGCUGGAGUAACGCAUAGAAUGUGCACAAAAGAUUACAUAAUACCAGAAGUCAAUGUUAAAAUUUAG